AUGAUAUAUUUUUGUAUUUUAAUUUUUUCUUUAUGAAAUUUUGAUAUGAUAAGAAAUCAAUUUUUUAAAAACAUUUUUUAAACGUAUUUCUUACACAAUUUUAAUAAUUUAAGUUAAAUUUGUAUGUUUCCGAAUAAAACUGUGUUAAUAUUUAAAAUAACUUAGCUUUUUAACACUGUCCGAAUUUAUUUUCAAUAUAUGAUAGUCAAGUUCUACAAUAAAUACGAUGUCAACGUCAAAGUUACCAAUAUCUCCUGAUGAUCAUGAAUUUGUUAUUCCACAAAAAUCUAUUAAAACACCGGCUCAUAUGAAAAUAUGGGAAAAAUCCGAAGCAUAUUUUGAAUAUUUGGGAUUUAUAUUGGCUUUGAAUGAAUCAGUUCAAGGAAAAGCUUUAGAUGUUGAAUGCUCACAAAGUCCUGCAAUAGGAAAUGUUAUUAAAAUGCUUAAUGAAUUUGAUGAAUGGAUAACACAGAUACCUCCCACUGAACAGCCCCAACGUUUUGGAAAUAAAUCAUUUAGAAUAUGGCAUGAAAGAUUACAACAGAAUGGAAUAACAAAAUUACAAAAAGUAUUGCCACAAAAAUUACACAGAGCAGUUCCAGAAAUAGUUCAAUAUUUAUGUGAAGGCUUUGGGAAUGCAACACGUAUAGAUUAUGGCACAGGACAUGAAAUGGCAUUUUUAAUGUUUUUAUGUUGUAUGUUCAAAAUUGGUGCUUUUACACAAGAUGAUAAAGUUGCAGUAGUUAUAAAAAUAUUUAAUAGAUAUCUGGAAUUAGUACGUAGAUUACAAUUAACUUAUCGGAUGGAACCAGCAGGUAGUCAUGGUGUAUGGAGUCUAGAUGAUUAUCAAUUUGUUCCUUUUAUAUGGGGAAGUGCUCAAUUAAUUGGUAUUAUUUUGUUCAAUUUUUUUAUUAUAAUAAUAUAUUUAAAACAUGUAUACAUAAACAUACAUAAAAUAAAUAUUUUAGGACAUUCUCGUAUAGAACCUCGUCAUUUUGUUGAAUCAGAUAUUGUUCAAACAUUUAGCAAGCAAUAUAUGUUUCUUGGUUGCAUUGAAUUCAUUUCAAAGGUAAAAACAGGUCCAUUUGCUGAACAUUCAAAUCAAUUAUGGAAUGUGAGUGCAGUGUCUACAUGGGUCAAAGUAAAUAGCGGUCUUAUUAAAAUGUAUAGAGUUGAGGUUCUGGCGAAAUUCCCUGUUAUUCAACAUGUUUUGUUUGGUUCUUUAUUGUCAAUAAAAUCUGUGUCUAUUCCUCCUGUUAAAAAGGAUUCUCGUCGAGAUGAACCUGUGCAACCAUCUCCAAUUCAAUAAUAUGCUUCAUAUUUGUUGAUGUAGUUUGUAGCAAAUAUUCGAUAUUUAUAAUAAAAUUUUACAUUUCAAUAUAUAA